AUGACUGAUGAAGGUGUGGAAAAGCUCGAGAAAAGUCUCGGCAAGCUGAAACUGGACUUUCCAACGUCGAUCAUCACCAAAUCUUGGCAAAAAUCGACAUAUCAAUUUCAUCGCGAUUCCAAAAUCGAGCAAAUAAUCGAAGCGUUCUACUCUCGCAAAACCAAUGGCCCAAACCGAAGACUAAAGGAGCUCGAGUGGUUUGCACGGAAGUUGGAAGCAGUUUUGUACGAUUAUUCGACGUCAAGAGAGGUUUAUGAAGAUGGAAUCGACGCUUGCAUUCGGACUAUGAAGAAUAUGGUCCAGACUGAUCCAGAAUUAAAGAAAAUCGCUGAAGCGAAAGGAAUCCCUCCCACUGAAAUGCUCGAGUCAAUCUUCAAGAUAGACGCGGAGCGAGAAGACGACGUGGACGAAGAGGACGACCUUAUGGCGGAGGGAGCAACUGUCAUCAAUUUGGUCUCGCCCGACCGAUUCAGACAUACCAAGUUCGAUUUGAGAAGUGAUAAAAAAGAAGUGGUGAUCAAGAGUUUUGGCAAAGUUCAUUUCAAUCUCGACAUGUGUUUGCUAUACAAAAAAAAAGCCACAUACCAAUUUCUGAGUUAUUUCACGACGAUUCUAGGGAAUAAUCUUGCUCCAAACAGUGUGUCAAUCGUGAACAUUUAUAGAGAAGAACCUCCAGCACUUCCAAAGAAAAUCCGAUCCUGCUGCCUUUACAAAUACCCCGAUUGGGUACAAGGUAUGGUUGGCGGUGAAGGUGGAGGAGGUGGUCAUGGACAUUCUCACGGUGGUGGCGGAGGAGGACUUGGAUCUUCUCAGGGUCAAUUCCAUCCAUCUCAAGCCGGUUCCGGCCCGAGCACCACAACCACCAGUGGCCGUCCGCUGCUCCGCAGCAUGCGAGAAGCGCAGUUUCACUCCGCAGCACCACCGAUCUCAGCUCCAAGUCAGUCCCAAACAUCAGCGAGUCAGCUGGACCCAGGUGAGAAUUACGACCUCUUCACAUUUUUUUCUUCACUGUAUAGUUUGGUAAUAUUGAGCACUUUGCUUCCGAAGUAUCGCAUCUUUUUUUAUACAACGAGUUGUCAUAAAUCAAGCACUCGUUCUGGUCAACAAUCCCGUCGAAGCAGCAAAGCGGCCGGCGUCGGAGCUAAUUCGUUGCUCAAACAGGCGAUUGCCAACAGAAUGAUGCCGCAUACAAUACCAGAGUCGUCCUCAACGAACGUACCGUCGUCUUCUGCCACGUCGCCUACCACAGAUCCAACUGGAAUUCACAAAACUGACUCGAGUGAGAUGACAAAGAGUGUGCUUUUGAACCCCGCUUGGUAUCGUGAUGAUCAGGGACGAACUGGAUACAAAACUUCGGAUUGGGAGAAGAUGGGAAAUCAACAGAAGAACGUGGUGAAGGAAAAGAAGCACAAACGGAAAGAAUCAGAAGCUGGAGUCAUCAAAGAACUGGAUUCGGACCUCCUCAGUCAGUCCUGUAAUGAAAAAGCUGAUAGUGAAAAGGACAACAAAUCUUUGACUUCUGUACAAUCUGACCAGAGGGAUCCCAAAGACGUGAAGCUGGAAAAGAAAGCAGCCAAGGCUCUUGAAAAGGAAAAGAGGAAGCUGGAAAAGGAAAAAAAUAAAUUGGAAAAGGCGCAAAAGAAAAAGGAAGCAGAAGAGGAGAAGAAACUGAAAAAAAAGAAAGGAAGUUCAACAAAUGUUUCGGAGGUUGUGGAACAAGAAUCCGUUGAGAUGAAAGCUGUAGAAAAAAAGAAGGAAAAGGCAGAAGCUACAAUAAAGCUGACGAUGGUUUCCAAGAGCAAAAAGGAUAAGUCUUAUGAUCCAGAAAAGACAAAACAACAGAGGAUAGAAGAGCCAAAACUUCAUGAGUCUACAGAAAGUGACAGUUCCAAAGAUACGAUGAGGAAGUCAUCAUCAUCGAAAGAAAGCUCAAAGGGAGUCAUCAAACAAUCAUCACAAAAGUCCUCUAAAGAAUCUUCCAAAGAAAAAAUCCAAAAACAGUCAUCCAAAGAUGAAGCUCCCGAGAAAAGUUCCAUAGUUGAAGGUCGUCCUCCACCAGGAACCACACAUUUUUCUGUCAGAAAACUAAAAGCUGAAUCGACGUCGAAGAAAUCUGGACAAGGCGAGCCAAGGAAGAAGAAUAUAGGAGACAGAAGGGACUCGAGUAUGUCCGAACUUUCACGCGGAUCCUUCAAAUCUGUGACAUUCAACGACCGAGUCCAAACUCAUGAAAUUGAGAGAAAUAGCAGUGUUUACACUUCCAGCGAGGACGAUGCUGCAAUCAUGAGUGAUGAUGAGAUGUCAAAACCUAGUCAAGCAAAACUUAAAAAGAAAUUGACACUGUUGCAACAGCAGAAUCCGUAUGGGGAGAUGGAUUCGAGAAAUCAGCAACAAGAGCAGACUGACAUUUAUGAUGAUGAUGACCUAGAUGAUUUUGAAGAGCAGGAACGACUGGCGCUGUUAGCUGCACAGGGUUAUGAUUUCCGAAUGGAUAUGCAGUACAGAGAAGGCGGUGAUUAUGAAGAUGAAGAAUCCGAAGAGGAAGAAGCAGAAGACAAUGAAGAUGGAGAAGACACUCUCUCCCAAAAUAGCUACUACGCUGAAGACGUGGAAGGCGCCGACAUUUAUUUGCGGAAUGAGCAUACGUUUUUGGGCACUGAUGUAGAUCGUCGUACUCAGGGAACCCCAAAUCUUGGAGUUUACGAUGGAUUUGAUAGAACCAUGAUGGGAUCCAUGAGCAAACUACAUGGAGAGGACUCUGCUUCGAAUAGCUUGCUCUUUGGAUAUAAUCUUCCAAGAUCUGCAAGUGGAUACUUCGAGCCGCCACCAGAAGCUGGGCACAUGAACUUUUCUUAUGAAGAGGCAAUUCUCAAUCGACAAGUUCAGGCCAUGCAACAACAGCAACUUCUCCAACAGCUUCAAAAACUUCCUUUUCAGCAAUCACCCCAAGAGAUUCCAGGAGUUCAUAAGCUGAGUCCCUCUGGCGGGUCGCUCCGCCAAACUGCCACUCAGAGAAGUAUUUAUGAGAAUGUAACACAAGGAGACAAUUCACCAUCUCCACAACCGCAAUCAUUAAUCAUUCCCCAGUCGCCUUCUCAACGGAGUAUACAACAAGCGCGACACGAAUUCUUCACUCAAACCCCAUCCAAUGUGGUUUCGAAGACUAUAAUGGCGGCGUCGAGUGACGGGCAGAGUAUAAAAAGUCUUGGAAGUACUGACUCAAGUGCAACAAUUCGGGUGGAAGAUGAGAUGCGCAAGAAGUUUGUUGCAAGAUUUGGAGUGAGAAAAGCGCCGAUCGCCCGUGAAGAAGACCCGGCUGAUCCGCAGCAUGUGAACGUAAUGGGCAGUCAGGAAAGCAUGAAUUCGACUGAUUCGCGUGAAUCCGUCGUUUCCGCGGCGUCCAUCAAAGCGGAAGCAUUGGCACGUCGCAAUUUCAACUACUACACUUCUGAUCCGAUAGGAAAGACGAUCAACGAACGGUACAACUUCAACGAGAUGGACCGCAACCUCUCAGCACUGGUUAAACCACUUUGGGCCGGCACUGAAAAAGAAGAGCGCGCGGCUGAAAAAGACGAGAGCACCUCUUCUUGA